GGGAAAAGCAGGGGUAAACAGUCCUGAACACUUAGGAUAUAAUUAUAGUACCAGACAACCAGAGCCUAAGGAAAUUCCAGUUUACUGCUUCUGCGGCAUGGAGAAUCGACUGUCAACAGAAAAGACCUGAGGUCACCAAUAGGUGCGGUCAGUUUGAAGCAUGUUGAGCCGUUUGUGGUGUUUAGUCGCUUUAUUUAUUGGAGUAUGCGGAGGCCUAGAAGUGCGUUCUACGAGCCACGGAAAGCUUGAUACAUAUGUGUCAGCGGUGAAAUUGGAAGGCCUUUCGUACAGCAAGCGCGCAGUGAACGUUUCGGUCCCUGUAAUACUGAAAUACGAAAUUAAAGGAGUUAAUAGUCCGUCUGCUGUCGAAUUUUCUUGGGAGCGUGAUGGAGAAAAGAUAACUGUCAGUCGUCGUAAAACAAAUGAUACACCAUCUCUAUCUGGUGAUUAUUCUUCUGAAAUAUUCUUUGAAAGCAUGAAUACUUUGGAAGUUGUGCUGCACUUGAAUCAUAAAGACCCUGUUCCUGGCAGCUAUGCUUUAACUGUAACUGCAGGUGAUGUUACCUCCUCAGCAUCUGGUUUUGCUCAGAGUGCUCCUGUUCUUCCUCUUUUCACGAAACCGAAGCGUGUUUUGGAAGGGGAUAUUAUGCGAUUAGUGUGUUCUGUACGUGGUUAUCCUAAAGCAGCUUCAGUGAUGUGGAGUUUUUCUGCUAUACCGACUAGUCAAAUGGAUGAUGAUAACGCUUUGACAUCAGCUUUAUAUAAUUUGGAUAAUAUGAUAACUAAUGGAAGCAACUAUGUCCUGGAGACAAGUGAAGGAGGCACAGUAAAUGAUACUCUUCGAUUUUUGGAAUUAAAAAAUAGUGAUAAUGGUCUAUAUGCCUGUAAUGUUUCAACUGAACUUGGUUCAGAUUUUGCCCUAAUGAUUGUCAACGUUAAAGAUCGUUGGGCGGCUCUUUGGCCAUUCAUUGGUAUUGUUAUUGAAGUAACUAUCUUAGUUGUUGCUAUACUCUUGUAUGAACGUCAUCAAAUGCAUUCAAAGCCGACAAAUAUUUCUGCAAAAUGUGAUACAUCUGUUAGCGCUGUUGGUCAAGAAAAUCCAUCAACCACUCCGAAUAAUAAUAAAGCUCCAGCUACUAAUAAUACAGGCCAAAAUAAUCUUACAGUUCCAGUCAAUGUUGGGGAUAUGGGUGGUGAAGUUGAUGAAGGAAAUAUCGAAGGAAGAGAUCAAAAAAUUGACGAGAUUCGUCUACGAGCAAAUGUGAAGCAAUAAUAUUGAUGCUUACAGUUUUCAAGAAUAUAAUUCCCAUUCUAUUCAUUCGUCAAUAUGAGAAAAACGUGUUCCAUUACUAUCGCAAAGUAGAUGAUAUACGAAAAAUUUUUCAUCUAGUUGAUACUUUGAUUUACCUACCAUUCUUAAUAAUCAAUUUGAUAAAAUUUUAAGGAGGCCUAAUUUAUGUAUAUUAUAUUAGUUUAAUACAUAUAUGAAUAUACUUUUGUCUGGUUGGAAUCUCAUUUUCGUAGAAAUUUUUUGUGUUUCUUCUCUUUGCUUGUCUAUCUCCAAGAUGUGCCCCUAUCGCGUUUAUCUCAUUGUCUGUCUUUUUUUCACCUAUUCAUUAAUGUUCAAGUUACACACAUAUGAUGAUUUUUUUUCGACUGUCCCAUAAUAAAUUUGUUCACUCAUUUUGACUAUCAUUUAAAUCUAUCUCUUCACGCUUAUGUAACUGAAAGUUGUUUCCGAUUAAUAAUUUGUUGUCUUGUUUUUUUCUUAUGAUUAAAAAGAAAAGUUGUUUCUCGUAUGACUUUUUAAUAUAGCAAUUGUAUGAAAGUUUGGAAAAUGUCAGUUUGUAUGUAUCUUUGGUUCAUAUUUGAUUACAUGAGUUUUUAUUUAUGCAAAUGAUGGUGUAUUGUAUUUCAAAAUAUGAUGUUAUCGGUAUUAACAAAAAGUCUAUGCAUGCAUAGACUGUUAUUCUUCGAAAAUUCAUGUUCAUUAUGAGAUAGAAUUGAUAAGACAGGUUAACCUUGUCAUGAAUUCACAAUAAAUUGAUUCAGUGUAAUUAUCAUUUGACUAUCUGAGAUAGAUAAGAUAGCCGUAGUUUGGCAGAUUAGUAUUUAUACUGGGUGAUGAUUGAAGGUGAAAUAAAAAUUUGAACCGCGGCCAAAUUCGAACCAGCUACUACUGGGUUGUCGUUCGAUGCUCUACAAACUGAGCUACGAGGUCCGACUGCUGACCAGAUUUUUUUAUUUCGCUUCAAUCACAAGGUGGGAUUUCGCCC